UCAUAUCUCAAAAGAGGGGAUACUGCAAGGCAAGAAGUCCAUCGAUAUGACAACUAGUCAUUCAGCUCUGGGAAUGGUGAGCCCGAAGACAUCGUUCAUGUCGAGGUCGCUGGGUUUCAUCCCACCUGGUAGUUCCACACAAAGCAAUGAACUGAUGAAGCAAAUGAGCCAUGGCUAACUCUAACGUGUAGACGGUAGAGUCCCACCCAGUUGCAUACCAGGGCAAGAACACUGAACACCGACCCAAUCCAAAUGGUAUGAACUCGAAGUUGCUUACUCUGAAAUCUGGUGUUGAUGUUUCCGGUUUCCGGUUCGUCCCAGGCUUCUGGGACGCAAGUCUUCUGAUUAUGGUCUUGAUGUUGUCUCUGUUGCGCAAGUCUACCGUAUGAAAGUAAUACCCAUGUUUUUAUAAUCUGCGGUUCUACCGUAUGAAAGCAUGUGAUCUCUCUGUUAACGAGCAGAUCCGGACUCGGAGAAUCGUGUCAACGUAUACCCAUGUUUUUAUAGUCGGCGGCUUUACCGUAUGAAAAUGAAACGAACCAAGCUGGCAUUUGUCCAUUUGGACAUUCCAAUGGACUUGGGACACUUGGGUGUCCUCUCUCUGAAGCAGUAGAAGUGUAGAACAAGACAAGCUGAAAGCCCGGAACCAAGUUCUCUGCUUCUUCUGUUGUAUGAGAUUGAUCCGUCGAUGAAGAUGACGGAGCCUUACGAGAUCGUCGAUUUGACAUGCGCCGUGGGCGACGGCGAGUCCGAAGACGCAGGAGCAGUGGACAUGAACAUGAGAGCCUCUAUUUUGGCCGUGGAAGACCUCCUUGGCUACCGAUUCAAGAAUAAGGAUCUCCUAGAGGAAGCUUUGACUCACUCGUCUUGCAACCGGUCGCCUUCCUAUCAACGUCUCGAGUUCGUUGGGGACGCAGCUUUGGGUCUUGCUCUCACCAACUUUUUCUUUAUUUCGUACCCGGAUCUCGACCCUGGUCAACUCUCUGUCCUCCGCGCUGCCAACAUUAGCACGGAGAAGCUCGCCCGCGUCGCUGUUAGGCACGGCCUCUAUCGCUAUGUCCGACAUAAUGCUCCUUCUCUUGAUGUCAAGGUUGAGGAGUUCACUCGUGUGGUUCAAGAAGAAGAUGGUGCUGUUCCUUAUGGUGGAAUGGUAAAAGCGCCUAAGGUUUUAGCAGACAUUGUUGAGUCCAUCGCUGCAGCUAUUUACGUCGAUUGUGAUUUUGAUUUGAAAGCUUUGUGGAUGGUCUUUAGGGGUCUUUUGGAGCCCAUUAUUACGCAAGGGACAUUACAGCAGCAACCGCAGCCUGUGACUACGCUUUUCGAGCUCUGCCAGAAGCGGGGGAAGCAAGUUGACAUCAAGCAUUGGAGGAAGGGAUCGAGUAAUAUCGCUAGUGUUUUUGUGGACGGAAAGCUCAUUGCCUCGGGUUCUUCGGAUCAGAAGGAGAUUGCGAAGCUUAAUGCGGCAAAGGUAGCUGUGGAGAAGUUGGUGCGUAUGGAGCCAACUAACAUGGAAAUAGAAGGUCCUGGAGUUGAGGAAAUCGAGGGGGCCAAACAGAAGUUGAGUGAGCUCUGUAGCAAGAGGCGGUGGCAUCCGCCGAAAUACAGCAUCGAGAAGGUAGUUGGUCCUGCCCAUGAUAGGAGAUUCAUCUGUUCCGUCCAAGUUGAAAUUGCCGAUGGCAUGUUUGUUACAUCAGGUGAUGAAAAGACAAGAGUAAAGGAUGCAGAGAAUUCUGCAGCUUCAAUGUUGCUCCACGGUUUAGAAUAUGCCAAACAGGGGGUGGGACAAGUCAUCUGAGACCUUCAACCAUUUUGCCUGUAUGUUUGUGUUUGUCUUGAAAUAUGAACUGCUAGGUACUUUUGAGGUCUCCCAUGAUGACUCACCAUUGAUGCUCUCUGCAUUGUAGACAUUGAUUAGCCUUUUGAUGGUAGGACUGUUUUGUGCCUUAGGAGAACUCACCCUUAAAAGCUAACUGUUAGAGGGAGGGAACCCAAGCACAUAUACCCUACAACAGCAUUCCAUUCUACCGAUGUGGGAUACCUCACAUUAGCAUCCCAUACUACCAACAUGGGACAAAUGGAUCGUAACAUCCCACUACGCUUUCGCAGUCCCGGCACCCAUGCAAGUUGGCUUUGCACUAGUCCACUUAGUCCCGGCCGAGAAUUGCAAUACCGACGUCACCACCUGUGCCACACGAUUGCAACUGGGAGGCAUAGUGUAGGCUAUGAUACCAUUUGUUAUGUGCCUUAAGAGAACUCACCCCUAAAAGCUAGCUGUUAGAGGGAGGGAACCCAAGUACAUGUAUACCCCACAACAGCAUCUCAUUCUACCGAUGUGGGAUAUCUCACAUUAGCAUCCCAUACUACCAACAUGGAACAAAUGGAUUGUAACAAGGAGUUCCAAUGGAUUGAAUUUCGAUUACAAUUCAACCCAAAGUAUGAUAGAAUCCAAUCCAUUCCCAGUUUUGUAUUGGAAAAUCAAAUCCUGUUUGUUUUA